AUGGCGACAGCAUACAUGAUGAACAACCUUCUUGUGUCUUGUCUGAUGUUUUUUGUAAUGAUUGGUUCCUUAAACGCAAAACCUCCAGACAUAAAAGCAAUUUGCGGUAAAGCAAAAAACACAUUCUUCUGCACAAACUACACGAAAUCAAUCACAAAGACUUCAGCUGCUGAUAUUAAAACGUUUGCAACGACCAUUCUCGGCUCUGCACAAAUAACCGCGAUAACAGGUGUUACGAGGUAUGAGAAUCUUGCCAAGAGACCAUACCCUGCUUUGGAGAAAGAAGCCACCGCGUGCGCGAGGCUGUACAAGAAUACCAUCACAAGUCUCGGUGAAGCUACGAAGAGCUCUAGAUCAGGAGAUGGUCCAGGUUUGAAAAACAAGGUUUCAGCAGCUAUGCUAGGUCCUACAAGAUGUCAAGAUCGCGUGGCGAAGUUCAAAGCUGAUCCGUCAAUUCCCAAGCUUUUUAAACCUACUAUCUAUUACAAAGAUGAUUUUGAGGAUUUUUGUGACAUUGUUCUUGUCAUCUCCGACAUGAUGUGAUUAAAGAAAGGGCUUGCGAUUCAGACAACUACAUCAAACAGUUAUACAUGUAUGUUUACAUAGACACAAUAGAG